GUCAGAAGUUCUGUUGGCUGAGAGUAGAACGUGCUCUGCUCAAUAGAAUUUAUUUUAUUCGAAAUAUUUCAGAAGUUCUGUAGAACGUGUUCUGCUCAAUAGAAUUUAUUUUAUUCGAAAUAUUUCGACGAAAAAUAAGUGAGAUUUAUUAUAUUUUGUAACUUGAAGAAAACGAAAAUGGAAAGCGGCUUUCUCGAUUACUGGCUUUUCUCAAAUGCCCCGAAGGGCAACUUCGAGGGCUUUUUCGGCUUCAUAAGAAGGAUAACUUUGAUGGUGUACAUGGGAUUCGACUACGUGCUGGAUAGACAGGAGACGCACUACGAUACCACGCUGGUGAUUGGACUGACCAUCUGUGCCAUGGGCCUCUUUUGUUGCUUUGUAUUUGUCCUGAUGAAAGUGCAGAAGUUCCAAACUUUGUUCUGCCGCACUGCUGUUACCCAGGGAGAACUACCUGAGUGCGCCGAUGCAGAGGAUGAAGAGGACAAGGAUGAGGCGGAUGAGGCGAAGAAUGAACCUCCUUCGUCGGAGGACAGCAGCUCCACAACCUCGGAUUCAUCCAUUGACAUGCCAUUACCACGGCGGCCUGGCAUACGAGCCCAUCGAAAGAAGUCGCCGAAACAACAGCACCGCCAUCGCGAACUAUUGAAUCAGUUUGUGCAGGCUGCCGAUGUGCAACACUGCCUAUUCACCUAUCACGAACGGAAGAAAGCAGAACAACAAAAGGCCAGGGUCCAAGUGGGCAUCAGGAAGAUCGUAACUGUCUAUGGCAAAAAGUAUGGCUAUCAAUACUUCACCAUUCUGGAUGCACCUUACAUGAAAGCCCUCAAUAAGGUGUUGUAUGCCAGGCCGAAGAAUGCCAAGAAGUCUCGAGGAACUACAAAGCCCAGCGAUGAAGGAACUACAAAGCUCAGCGAUGAAGGGGGGGCACCUAAGCCAUCCCCGAAUAUUUGAUUUUAUUUGCAUUUUUAAUAUUUCAAAUACUUUUAUAACUAACACACCAUACGUCGAUCAAUGGGAUAUGCCAAGUAUAUCCAUCGACUGUGCACAAUGCAAAUUCGUCGUAAUGAAAUAAUGUGGAUCAGCUUAUAGUAGAGAAACCUCGCUAGAGAAAACUCGCUAGGCUUUAAAAUUAUUCGUGUGCACUUCUCGAAACUGAGCGUGCUCUCAAAUUGUAUGAAUAAAACUAACACGUUGCAAUGCAA